AUGGGCCACUAUGGCUCCUCUCAGGGCGGGACGACGUUCUCUAUCGUUCUGCUUGUUUUCAUGUGUUUUGCCAUAAUAACGACAAUCCUUCGACUCAUAUCUCGGAAGAUGCGGGGCUUGACAUUGGGCCUUGACGACUUUUUCACUGUAAUUGCAACACUCCUGGUCUUUGUCGGCUCAAUCCACGCAGUUAGCACGGUAACGAGUCAUGGACUUGGGUUACAUGAAGAUGUGGUCUCUAAAACCGACGCCCAAACUCUCACAAAGUUCCUGCUUAUUUACAAUAUCAUGUACGCAGUCACUCUCGGGCUCUUGAAAGCAUCAAUGAUCUUCCUCUAUUACAAGCUAUUCGGGGCAAAGAAGAGCCUGAGGAUAUCUGUUUAUAUCGGCUUGGCGAUCGUUUGGGCUUGGGCUGCUAGCACUAUAUUGGCCAAUUUGCUUAUUUGCAGACCACUUGCACAUGAUUGGGACCCUUCAAUACCGGGAAAAUGUGGAAAUCGAAAUGUUUUGAUGAUGGUAGUUGGAACGAUGAACAUGGUCACCGAUAUCAUCAUUAUGAUCAUCCCAGCACCUCAUAUCUGGGGUCUAAAACUUGCGGUAGUGCGGAGACUGGUUCUGAUUGCUACAUUUGCCAUCGGUUUAUGCGUCAGCGCCAUAAGUAUGGUUCGGGUUGUGAGUAUUCGACAAAUCAAGUUCAGCGAUUUAUCUUAUACACUUCUGCAUUCAAUGCUAUGGACGUGGCUGGAAAUAGAUCUUGCCAUCAUCGCGACAAAUAUUCCACUUCUUCGUCCGGUCGCAAAUUUCCUCCUUCCGCAUGGUUGGCUAGGAACAUCCAGAGAUCGAUCCCAGUCAUAUGGUGGGAGAUACCAAAGUGGACUGAGUGUAAGCCGGAGAAACUUCUCGCAAUUCCAAUCGGGUAAAAAUGGCAAAGAAGGAAAGGCAGAGGUAACCUCUCACCAAAAAUCACUCUAUCCCGGAGCCUCUGGAGUGACAUGGAAUGAUGAGGAUGAAGAUGGGCACUCAGAUAUCGAAUUGACAACGAACGCCGCCCCAGUGGACGGGAUUCAAGUGAAGCAAGAUUUCAAUUUUCAUUCAGACGUCGAGAAUAGAGUGCUGGAAAAUGCACCCAUACAGCCCUGGAGCUCCACCUCAUUGGGUCCCAAGUGA